AUGUCUACCAGCACCGAGGAUGAACCUCCAGAAGAUCGCAUGAUGGAUAUCCAUCCUACAUCCAGCGCUGGUGGCGUUUUUUCUUCUCGUGCAACCCAACGCAAGGUUCACAUCCAUGCAAACAGAGCUACAAACACAAAAGAGAUGGACCUGGAGGUUGCAUCCGUCACGGAUUCGCCCGAGAUGGAGGAAAGAGACUUUCACAGCAAGCAGGUUUUCAAAGGAUGGACUCUAGCAUGGCUCGCUUAUCAGUCACUCGGAGUGAUCUAUGGCGACAUUGGAACAAGCCCUCUAUAUGUCUACUCGUCUACAUUCAGCAGUGAACCUAGCUAUGAAGAUAUCCUCGGCGCAGUGUCAUUCGUCAUCUGGGCUCUCACCAUCAUGGUUACCAUCAAAUAUGUUUGCAUCGUGCUCAAUGCAGAUGAUGAGGGCGAAGGAGGAACAUUUGCUAUAUACUCUCUCUUGUCAAGAUAUGCAAGACUUGUUCGACACGACCCACGCCACACCAAUCUCCUCAAAAUGCAGCGGUAUAACACUAACGACCUGCAAAAACCGAAUCGAAUGGCUCGUGAUAUUAUGGAGAAAAGCGCAGUCAUCAAAUGGACGCUCAAGGUCGUCGGUGCAUUUGGAGUGUCACUGCUUCUUGCAGAUGGAGUUUUGACCCCUGCGCAGUCUAUCCUUGGGGCGAUUCAAGGCAUUACUGUCGUGAACCCAAACAUCUCUUCCUCCACCGUGGUUGGCGUAUCAUGUGCAAUUCUGGUCCUCAUUUUCGUGAUUCAACCAUUUGGAACCAGCAAGAUUGCAAGCGGUUUUGCUCCAAUCGUGAUAUUGUGGAUGUUUUUCAAUCUCUCGUUUGGAAUCUAUAAUCUGGUCAUGUAUGAUGCGUCCGUGCUCAAGGCAUUCUCUCCUUACUUCGCGGGCUCGUUCUUGAUGCGCAAUAAGAAAGACGGAUGGUUACAACUAGGAGGAAUCUUGCUCGCCUUCACCGGUGUUGAAACCUUGUUCGCAGACUUGGGAGCGUUUAGCCAACGGGCAAUCCAAAUCUCGUGGCUCUUUUUCGUCUAUCCAUGCCUUCUAAUCUCGUAUAUCGGCCAAGGCGCUUAUAUUAGCCGAGUGCCCAGCGCAUAUGCGAAUCCGUUCUAUCUCACUGUCCCGCCUGGUAUGCUAUAUCCAAGCCUCGUGGUGGCAAUCCUAGCGUGUAUUGUGGCAAGCCAGGCCGUUAUUACUGGAUCUUUCCAGUUGCUUUCCCAAAUCAUGAAGUUAUCCUACUUCCCUCAGGUGAAGGUAUACCAUACUUCAAAGAAGUUCCACGGGCAAGUGUACAUUCCAUUAGCCAACUGGCUCAUGAUGAUUGGAAGCAUCAUUGUGACAGCCGUCUACAACAAUACAACUGCCCUCGGUGAAGCCUACGGAGCAUGUGUCAUACUCGUCUCGUUUCUCACAACCUGCAUGGUAACAGUUGUUGCACUCAUUGUAUGGAAGCUACCCGUGUAUCUGGUUUUUCCCGUGUUCCUUAUUUUCGCGCUCUGGGAUGGAAUGUUCCUCUCAGCCGCCUUGAGCAAGGUUCCACAUGGUGCAUGGUUCACGCUGAUGGUAGCUGUGGUAUUAACCUGCAUUUUUGUCCUCUGGCGGUAUGGAAAGGAGGAGCAAUGGAAAGCAGAAGAGUCCGAUAACACACCUCUAUCCCGGACGACUGCGUUGAGAGAAAACAAACUCGUCCUAAAGGAUGGAUCGGGAAAUUCUACCAUUACCCCAAUCAGUGGGCUGGGAAUAUUCUUCGAUAAAUCCGGCAGCUCGAAUAAUACACCGACUGUUUUCCUCCACUUCCUACGGAAAUUCAGCGCAGUACCUGAGGUGUCCGUGUUCCUUCAUCUACGUCCCCUGUCUAUGCCCACCGUGGCUCCUGAAGAACGAUAUUCAGUCACUCGUUGCUACACAUACGGCGCCGGUCCGGGCAAGCAAGCCAUUCCGAAUUGCUACAGACUGAUUGUCCGCCAUGGAUAUACGGAUGAAAUAGUGACACCCGACCUAGGAAUUCUUGUUCUCGAUCUUGUUCGGGGCUAUUUGACCUCUCAAAAGACUUCCAGAUCACCAGAGAGUGAUACGGAAAGAUUGAACACUCUGCAUCGAGCUUGGAAGUCUCAGGUCAUCUACAUCGUGGGAAAGGAGCAAUUGAAAAUUCCGGCAAAGACUAACUUCCUCCGUCGUGGCUUCCUCUGGGCAUUUUUGUGGUUGCGAGAUGCUAGCCGAACUAAAGUUCAACAUCUGAAUGUCGAGACCGACAGGGUGGUUGAGGUUGGCUUUGUGAAGGAAAUCUAA